AUGGAGUCAGAGGAUGAAGAUCUUAGAGCAGCAAUUGCCGCUUCCUUGGCAGACGCACCUCCUCCUGAGAGAGCCAUAAAUCAUGAAACGUCUGUGGUUGAUUUGACGGCAGACAGUGAUGACGACGUGAUACCAAUCUUUCCCAAGUCCAAGUCGGUCGUUGGCUCAGACACCAGUCGCGACGCAAGCAUUAUUGAGAAUGCGGAAGACGAUGAGGAUCUGAAAUUGGCUAUUGCAUUAUCUUUGCAGAGCCCUGCAGGACAAGGCGACUCGUCCACAUCGGAGCCUAACUCUAUCCCUCCACCAGAGAGGAAAGAGAAGGAGACAUCUGAGCCUAAAGCCACCGGACAUGCUUUCCCUGGCUUAGAUCGCAAGAAGAUGGAAGAGGAGCGCCUUGCACGUCUUGCAAAAAGGAAAGCCCAGUCUCCUGCCGCUGAGCAACGUGAGCUGAAGCAACCGCGUACGAGGUCUCAACCAGAUGCCAGCAGUGUACACACCCACACAGCAAUGCAGCCGGUGGCACCGACAUCUGUGUCCGGUGUUCAGUUUUCAGUCGGCACUGUCAAGAAGACAUUUGCUUCCGGCCAUCGCAGGUUGGAUGAUGAUAUCAAGAUCGAAGAAGUCUUGCAAAGCUCAGAUCUGGAGCUUGGAGUUUUAAGCUCGUUCAUGUGGGACAUAGAUUGGCUCUUCUCGAAGGUGAACAUGGAAAAGAGUCGAUUGCUACUGAUCAUGCAAGCCAAGGAUGAGGCUACUAGCGUCUUCCUGAUUGAUCUUCCUGAAAAAGAUGGCUCGACGUCUGAUUGCUCGACGAGUUUUUACAAGGACCUCGUCUACUUCCUCAAGGCUAGCACCUUGCAUGAGAACAUCAUUCGGAAGCUUGAGGACUUUGACUUUAGCAAGACUUCGCAAUUUGCAUUUGUGCAUACAAUUGGUGGCUCGCACUGGGAAGAUUCAUGGAAGGAAACCGGUUACUGCGGUCUAGGCCGCUCAUUAUCAUCUCUCGGAUUGCAAGCCAAUAAGCCAAUAAAUCUUGAUUUCGUGGUACGCUUCCAAAACCUUUAUACUCAGCAAACACUAACGGCACAGACAUCCUCUCUAGGCUCUAUAACCCCCGACUUCAUGAGAUGCAUAUACCUUGCUGCUCAAGGGGACUCCGGUCUCACAGAACUAAGCUUUCGCACAGCAAAAUCAUUUCCUGCCAAAUCUCUUGCUGACCCACGUUGCCUUCUCCCUGCUUCUGUAGCGGACGAAUGGAAAGAGAGGGUCCGCGUCUAUUUUCCGUCCGAGAACACUGUUCUCCAGUCUAAAGGAGGCCCAAAUUCCGCGGGGACAAUAUGCUUUCAAGAACGAUGGUUCGAGAACGGCAAGUUCCCCAAAAAUGUACUAAGAGACUGCGUCAGUGUGAGAGAGGGUCUCGUCAUGCACAAUAAGGUAUCUAUCUAUUGUACAGCUGAGAUGAGGGCAAUGCUAAUGGAUAAAGAUUCUGGGUCGAUUAGUCUACGACCGGACAAAAAAGCAGCCGAAGCUCAACUGUCGGAAUUGGGAAUGCGGCGUCGUGAUUCCAGUAGUUGA